AAAAGAGAGGAUGGAAGAAUUCCAGAGAAGUUUUAGUCCUCCGCCGUGUCCUUCCACUGUAACAGUGCGACGGAAUCCACCGAGGAAAGCUAGAGCAACACCGUAUACCACUGCAGCUAAGCCUCCUGCUGCCUCCUUGGCCUCCGCGAAUACCCACGAAGUUCCGUCGUUUCCGAUAGACGAGAUUCUCUCCAUCCAAAUCCCGCAAUCCGAACCGAAACCUUCUAUUUCGGAGAGCUUGAAGAUUUUCCUGAGAAUCAAACCCUUGAAAAUCUUCACCAAGGCUGCUACAACCACGAAGAGCAGACCUAGAAAUGUCUGGCCCCAGAAUCCUUCGAAGAAGAACAACGCGAAGGAGAGCAGGAAUCAUGAGAAUGCGAAGAAGAAUAAGAAGAGCGAAGAGGCUUGUAUUGCUCUCAACGAUCCUUAUUCGGUCACACUAACUCCGCCUCAAGCGUUGCAAGAGCUGAAACGAAGCAAGACUGAGGUAUACGAAGGGUUUUCUCACGUUUUCCCCGCCGAUUGUUCCCAGAACGAUGUGUAUGAUAAAAUGGUUCAACCUUUGUUGGAGGAUUUCAUGAAAGGGAAAAGCGGAAUGUUGGCAGCAUUGGGACCUAGCGGCUCGGGGAAGACUCACACAGUCUUUGGAACUCCCAAGGAUCCUGGAAUUGUUCCACUUACACUGCGUCAAAUUUUCAAGAAGAGCGAUGAGAGCUCCCCUGGAUCUUUGAGGCCAUUUUACUUGUCCAUAUUUGAAAUAUGCUCGGAACGAGGGAAAGGGGAGAAAGCUUAUGAUUUACUUGGAGAUGGAAGCUCCGAAUUGUCUGUGCAGCAAUCAACCAUCAGGGGUUUGAGAGAGGUCCCAAUCCAGAAUUUGGAGGAAGCAGAGUCCUUAAUUGGACAGGCAAUGCUGAAACGUGCAACGGCUACAACAAAUUCAAACAGCCAAUCAAGUCGCUCACAAUGCAUCAUUAACAUAAGAGCAGCAUCCGAUGGCGUUUCUAACGAACCAAAAACGCAGUCUAGUGAGGCUAUGCUGACGAUAGUGGACUUAGCGGGAGCAGAAAGAGAGAAGAGAACUGGAAAUCAGGGAGAAAGGUUAGUUGAGAGUAAUUUCAUCAACAAUACAUCCAUGGUUUUCGGUCAAUGUUUGCGGUCGCUGUUGGAGUACCAGAAGAACCGAAGGAAGGGAUUGCAGAAACAUCAUCAAAAUUCUUUGUUAACAAGGUACUUGCGAGAUUAUCUAGAAGGAAAAAAGCGGAUGGCUUUGAUUUUAACAGUCAAAGCAGGAGAAGAGGAUUAUCUUGAUACCUCCUAUCUAUUGAAACAAGCAUCACCGUAUAUGAAAAUCAAAUUUGAUAACACUGAGGAACUUUGCAACAAGAGGCAGCUCAAGACAUUUCCAAGAGUUGAGAAAAACAAGAAAAUUAAACUCAGUGCUCCCAAGACUCACCAAAUCGAAGAAAUUGUUGCUGGAGAGAGAAACCAAAUUUCUCAGGAAGUGAAUUUGAGGGGAAAGAAAGCUGAUCUAACAGACAGAUCAUCUCCGAGGCUGGAACAUGUUGCCCCGGAUAAAAACGAUAGAGAGCACAUCAUCAUGCGAAAUUUUGCUAGAGUCUUAUGGAACGUCCUGAAGCAGUACAACGAGAAAUUAAAAGUUGCAGAAGGUGACAUUUGCAGUCUAAAGGAAAACCUUAUAAAUGAACAACUCAAAUCACGUGGAUUGGAGACAGAGUUGAUCAAACUCAAGUCUUCUUGCCUUGACUCCAAGUCAAACCUGGCAGAACCAUGCAUACCCGAGGUAGAAGCGCUCGUCCAUGCAAAAGAACAACUCGAAGUUGACACAAGUUUGGCUAAUGCGAGUAAUAUCGAUGAUGAUCCUUGCAAUUUUAUCGAGUCAAGAAGAGAAAUCAGCACAGAAGAAUGCAAUGAGUCUCCUGUGCCAAACAAAAGCAUAGAAUCUUGCUUAGAAAACGAGGAGAUCUCUUGUGCUGAGCAAAAAUGUACCGAGCAAAGUGAUCCAACACUUUCACCAGAACAAGGUGAAGUUAGUCGCAUCAACAACCGGCUGUCUAACAUUCAAACUAAAUCUGCAAUAUCCCGCAGAUUCCCAGAUUCAGAGAAACAAGAAAGAAAUAGAAGACUGUUACCAGCUUCAUCCAGAUCACUAGCUGAGGAAAUGGUUGACUUGGACAUAAAAGAUAACCAGAUUGAGAAUCUACAGGCUGAAUUCGCCGAGACUUGUGUUCAAGAAAAAUCUGAAUCAACUGAGGGUCGUGAAACUGAAAUCCCUGCCCGUGAAAUAGAACCUGCAUCAACUAAAAAACAGAGGAACAGACAGAAACCAAGAAGGAGACUCCAACCUGCUUCAUCCGUGCUAUUAACAAGAGAAAUAAACACGUUAGAGAUCGAGGAUGAUGUCGCUGAGCCAAAGGGGACCAGAGGCGGAAAGAAGACAACAGUGGCACAACCGAGAAGCCAAGGGAGUAUCACUCUCCUCCGUCUCCUCACAAACAAUCUCCAUCUCUAACCUUUAUCAAACAAACUCUCGCAUCCACAUAUUAUUGUGCCUUCUAUCGUCUUUCUGAUAUAUGUUGUAUAUAUAGCAGAAACUUUCUAAAAUAUGUUAAAAGUAAAAAAUAUAUAUUGUAAUUGGUCCAAGCUUCUU